CCACCUCCCACCUCGAACUCGCCAUCCAGCUUCAACCUCUCCCGCACGCCCUCAAAAUGUUCCGAACCGCACUCCUCAGGUCCGCAAGGUCAGCCGUGCGCGCUGCACCACGAUGCCAGGCCUCAAUGGCUCGCCCCAUCGCGCGAACCUCUUUCUUCCAGCCCAAGCAGACCUCCCCCACAUACUUCCAGGCUGUACGAUGCUAUGCUGCGAGCGCUGGCCUUUCGAAAGACGAGGUCACUGGAAGGAUAAUGGACCUCCUGAAGAACUUCGAUAAGGUCCAGGACACCUCAAAGCUCAACGCCGAGUCUCACUUCCACAACGAUCUCGGUCUUGACAGUCUCGAUACGGUGGAGGUAGUUAUGGCUAUCGAGGAGGAGUUCAGCAUUGAAAUCCCAGACAAGCAGGCCGAUGCCAUUCACAGCGUCAAGCAAGCGGUGGAGUACAUCUUGGCCCAGCCCGAUGCGCACUAGAUUGCUUCAUGAAGCUGGAAGCGAGAUGUGGUGGACUUGGGAGUUGAUUUGAGCCGGCUCUUCCGGUCUCGUUAUAUAAUUCCAUGCGUGUAAAACAGCCUGGGAUGGCACCGUGUAAAUCUCGAUAGAACCAUACUAUCCACUUCCCAAAUAA